GCGCAUCUGAGGAUGAUGAAGGUAGCCAAGGAAGCUGGUGCUCUGCUCUCCUACAACCCCAAUCUCUGGCUGCCCCUUUGGCCGUCGCCCAUGGAGGCUAGAGAACAGAUCAUGAGCAUCUGGGACGCCAAGCUGGAGUUCCUGACUGGCGAGGCCUCCGUGGAAGAUGAGGUUGCCAUGAAGCUCUGGCGGCCCACCCUGAAGCUUCUCCUGGUCACCAUCGGGGACAAGGGAUGCAACUACUACACCAAGGAUUUCCAUAAAACGGUCGGAUCCUUUGUCGUCAAACCUUUGGGGACACCAAGACCUCCGAAGACCUUUGGCGGUCCACCCUGAAGCUUAAGCCAACAACCAUCG